UGUGUGCGUUUUGAUUGGUCGUCAACGGAGCAAAGCCGUGUCCAGAUGUUCUUGCUGGAUGGUGGUGUCGCAGGUCCUUGCAGAGAAAAGAGUUAAAGAGAAGCCUGCAUUUGAAGUAACCUAAUACAGAAAUGGAAGAGAAAUGUCUGGCUGUUCAGGAGCUUCUACACAUGGGAUAUAAACAUGAAUAAGUGACCUCAGAAGACACUAGUAAUGACGAGUCAUGUGUGAGGUGCUGAUAGGCACAGCCAGCCCAGUUUUCUGCUGUUUCGUGGUUGCCAUUGUUUUUUUUUUUUUUUUAUAAUUGUGUGAUACAUUUGAUUUAGUGGUGCGCAGAAAGAAAGAGAAAAAGAGGAGUAGCCCUCAAAGACUACCAAUAUAAUUGAACAGAUAGUUAGUAAAGAGCUGUAUCAACCAAUCAGAGUGAAGGAAACAAAUUAUGUUCAGUGUGAUUGGCUGGUGUAUUUCGUAUAAAGCAGAUUGACGGAGCCGUGUCACACUGUACCUGUAACUGUCAUUCCUGGGACUCAACUCCUACCUCCUAUCAAAGACCAAGGGCCCAUGGACUUUCUUCUGUUGUUCAUAGCUGGAAGUGUUGGUUAUUCUUGGUAAAGAUCCACUUCUGUAGUGUUUUUUGUGUCAUAUGGGGCCAAGGAAACUGUGAGUCUGCAUACACCUCCUGCACAAUACGACAAGGAAAGGGGAGAAUAACACAUGACAUUGGGGUCUCUUUUUGGUGUAUACAAUGGAGUACAUAAGAAAUGUGAAUAUUAAAGAAGAAGACUCAGAAUGUGAAUCUGAGCAAUGCCAGGCAAAGAUCAACGUAAAUCAGGAAGAGGAGGAUUGUAAAUGGGGACCAACAGUCAUUAAAGAAGAGUCCGAGUCAACAUCUGAUACUACUGACUUCAAAAAAAGUGACAUUGUAAUCCACAUCAAGGCAGAAGAGGUUAAAUUAGAGUCUGCCUCUCAGAAUGUGUGUCCAGAUGAAGAGCUAACUGGGAAAGGCUUAAUGAAAAGUAGACCUCACAUCCACCAGAAUCAUUCUGCCCAGGUGAAGACGGAAUCUUUGGAUCCUGAGGUGAAAAAGACGGAGGAAGCAUCAUGUUCAGCAUAUCCUGGUGGAGAUUUGCAAGAACAUGUUACCCUCUCUCUUCAUUGUAGCCCACAUAAAAAUGAAAACCUAGAAAAAGUGAAAUCGAUAAGUAUAGAUGUGAACAACACUCAACAACAGGUUCAUAACCCAAAUUCUGCACCUUUGUAUGUUGGCCAAGAACAGAGGAAAACUACACAAAAAUCUGAAUCUAAACAUCACAAAGAAAAGCCAUCCUGUUCUGAAUGUGGAAAAGAAUUCUCUAGUCAUGGCAAUCUUUAUUCACAUAAAAAAAUUCAUAGUGGAGAGAAACCAUAUUGCUGUCCUGACUGUGGAAAGCGAUUCACUAAAAAUAGCAAUCUGCAGACCCACUCAAGAAUUCACAGUGGAGAGAAGCCAUAUGGCUGCUCUGAAUGCGGCAAACAAUUUUCUCUACAAUGCAGCCUUCAGAUACAUGCAAAGCGUCACACAGGAGAGAAGCCAUACUGCUGUUCUGAAUGUGGGAAACAAUUUACCACAAGUAUUGCUCAUCUGAUCCACACAAGAAUCCACACUGGAGAAAAACCAUAUUGCUGUUCUGUUUGUGGUAAACGAUUCUCUACUAGUAGCACUCUUCUAACCCAUACAAGAAUACACACAGGAGAGAAGCCAUAUUGCUGCUCUGAAUGUGGCAAAGGAUUUGUUACAAGUAGCCAUCUUCGGCUCCACAGACGAAUUCAUACAGGAGAGAAACCAUUUUGCUGCUCUGACUGUGGCAAACAAUUCUCAAGAAGAGGCAAUCUUCUCACUCAUAAAAGAAUUCAUACUGGAGAGAAGCCAUAUGCAUGUGCUGACUGUGGCAAACAAUUUUUACAAAGAGCCGGCCUUCAGUCCCACACUAGAAUUCACACGGGAGAGAAACCAUACUGUUGUUCUGAAUGUGGCAAACAAUUUUCUGUAAAACAUAGCCUUCAGUUACACACAAGAAUUCACACUGGGGAGAGGCCAUACAGCUGUUCUGAAUGUGGUAAACAAUUCACUACCAGUCGACAUUAUCAGAUCCAUGCAAGAAUUCACACUGGAGAGAAACCAUAUUGCUGUUCUGACUGUGGCAAACAGUUCUCACGAAGAGGCAAUCUUAAGAAGCAUAGAAGAAUUCAUACUGGAGAGAAACCAUAUUGCUGUUCUGAUUGUGGGAAACUCUUCUCUACAAGUACUACACUUAUGACCCAUACAAGAAUUCACACUGGAGAGAAACCUUAUACCUGUUCUGACUGUGGCAAACAAUUCUCACGGAAAAGUAAUCUGCAGUCCCACACAAGAAUUCAUGGGAACAAUUUAAGUGCUGCACUGAGUCCUCACUGCAAGAGCUACAGUGGUACAACAGAACUGUCAUGAGUGUGAGGUUUUAAUUGUAUGCAAACUAAGAAAGUGGGGGGAAAUUACCUCUUUGAGAAGUAAUUUUGCGGCUAUGAAUGAAGUAAAUAAUUCUCUAAAAGGCUUCAGUUACAAAGUUUUCACAUUAGGAGAAGAAAAACAAUCGGACAAAGCAUGUAUACUGGAUAUUUUCAGGCCCAAAUGAGUAUUCACUGUUGCGAAUGUGAAGGUAAAAAAUGAAAUAUCUGGAGAAGCAGUCAGAGAUGUGCCACAUUUGGAAUGAAAUCGCUGAUAUUGUGACCGUGGUGCUGGGAUCAAAAGAACUCAAAAAAAUAAAUAUUCUAGCCCAUCCCAAUGCCCUAAUAAUUUCUAUCACCCUCUUUGAAGUACAAAAGGAGUUAUUGCUGAGGACAAUGCAGGUGGUACACUGAGCUAUUACUGCAAAUGUACUAUAAUAACAUUAAUAGAGUAGACCAUCCCAACUAAAGAGUGCGAUUCACUCCUGUUUUAGCAGAUAGCAUAUCAAACCUGUUAGGAAACAGUGAGAGAAGCUACAUUGCUUUUCUGAAUGUGACAAACAAGUUUUCACCAGUAGCAGAGAUGAGAGAUGGUGAAGAUUUCAUAAAGAUGAGAAACAAUUUAGAAGUAAUUAGCCAAAUAUGGCUGAAUACAGGUGAAAUAUAAUUAUGAUUGAAAAAUGAACUGGAUUCAAAAUAAAGCAUAAUAUUGAUUAAUGAUAUUGUGGCAAAAAAGAGCAGUAAUGUGCAAAAUUAAGACAGCAAGGAAUCAAAGUGCAGAUAAAUAAAAGUGACAGCGAUACUACAAACAUUUGUGCACAUACGUUAUGUCCAGAAAUAAUAAAAAGAAAAACAAAGUGUACACUUAGAAAUGCAGGAACCAUACCGUCAGUACAAAGUGAUCCAGGAUGUGAAGGACAACUUUCUGGACUUCCUCAAGACAGAGAAGCAGAGAGGACACCACAGUUGAUACCUCAGAGCUGAGCCUUUUCAUUUUAAGCAAAAGAAGAUUAAGAGGUGACGUGACUGAAGUUGUUUAAAAUUAUGAA